CAAAAAAACAAAACCAAGCAAGCCGACAGCCGCACUUGGAAAAAAAUGGGUAAAAGCUUGGUUUUUGCCUUCUUUUCUUGUUCAAGAACAAGAUUUAGGAGCUUAGAAACCUUCUCUCCCUGCUAGAAAUUCCGGAUCUGCUCUGCUCCUUCCUUCCUCACCGCCGGCUGCUCUUGAUUGUGGGUGAUUUCCGGGCAAUUUUUUCGAUCCGUGAGUCCCCUGCAGGAUUUUCCCCUGCACUGCCGCCGGCCUUCUCCCAAACUGCAGCUCGGUUUUGCUUAGAGCAUAAUUAAGCUUAAUUCAUGUGUAAAUUGCUUGAGUUGGCUGCUGUGAUUUUUGGAAAGAAAACCCCGUGAUUAGCUAGUGUUUUGGCCAAUUUUGGAAGUUCAGUCACUGUUCACGCGCACCAGGAAACGAAACCGAGGACGGGGAAACCACGGGAGUGACGAGUUAGAAGGCUAGCCAUUUCGAGAUUGAUAUAGAUUUUAGAAAUAAAUCAUGAUCUUGUAAACUAGAGUGUAUUUGGAGAUUUUAUGAUAUCAGAGAAAAUUAUAAAAUUUGAUCUUCAGAUUUUGAUAGUAUCAGAUUAUGAAUUGGAUAAGUUUCGACAAUCUUUGAAGAUUGAGAUCAGGUAACGUAUUAGUUUUGGUGAUUUAGAUUUUAGAAAAUGUUUUCUUCUCCUUUCACCCUUUCUGAUUUAGAUCUAAGUCCUUUAAAGGGGUUAGUGAAAGUUACGAAACUUGAAGAGAUGUCUUCUCAAGAAAUGUUGAGCGUUGGGGACAGUGAGGAAGUAAGGGCGCCGGAGUGUGGUGAUGUGGGUAUGACCAGCGAGUCAUCUAACUCAGAGAGGAUGGAGGAAGGGGUAGGGGGAGGUGAGAUAGUUGGGGUUAAGGGAGAAGGGAUUCUUGUAACUGUAUUAGAGGUGGGGGGUAGAAAUGAGGGGCAUUAUGAUUGUGAGGUAGAUAUCGUGUCUAAGGAGAAAGCAUGUUCUGCACCUCGAGAACAUUGGAUGCCCAUGUAUGCCCAUUACUUGGCAGCGGGGCUUAGGUUUCCAAUUCUUGAGCUGCUGGUGGGGUUAUUAUUAGAUUAUAGCAUAGGGUUGACACAACUAGCCCCUAAUGCUAUGAGGGGGGGAAGUAGAAAGGACAAGAGGUGGUAUUAUUUCACCCCUAGAGUGUCAAAUAAGGAUAGUAGGAGUUUAUUUAAAGUGGGUCCUUCAUCCAUUAAACGAUGGAAGGAGAAAUUUUUCUUUGUGGAUGACACUGAGUGGGAGAGGAGGGAUGCCGAGGUAGAAUUGUUGUCAUCUUGGAGGGCUAAGAAAGCCAACCAAAAUAAAUAUAGUUUAAAUGAGGAUGAGGAGGAAGAGGUGGGGAAGUUGGUGAGGGAGAGGGGUGAUUUAGUAAAUAUAAUGUACCUCACCAGCUCAUAUUGCAUAGAGGCUGCUGAGCUCUAUAGGGUGGCCAUUCUAAAGAAGCCAAGGAAGAAGUCAAAGACUUCAACUAAGGAGGCGAGUGAGAGAGGAGUUGGGAAGGAGUUGGUGCCUGGCACUUCAGUCGGAGUUGAGGAAGUGUUACUAAGGCCAAAGAUGAAAAGGAAAAGGAAGUUCGUACCUCGGCCUCCUCUUAUUGAGUUCGAUCCUGAGCUUAAGGAGUUUGAGGUUGAGGGAGCUGAGGUAAGGGCCCCUGGUAAAGGUAAAGGACUUGUUCCCUUUCUUUCCUUUCAAAGCAGCCUGUUUGACAUAAAGAACGCAACGAGGGCAAGAAGGGUUAUUAAUGCAACCUUCCCCGAAAUGGACAAGCGCCAAGCUAAGGAAAAGGUGCUGAGGUAUAUUAGGGUGACUUGCUUUGGAGGAGAAAGAAAUAAAAAGGAUGAAAGAAGCUGUGGCCGAGCUGAAGAAGAAUGUUUAGCUGCUGGUGCACAAUGGGAUGGAGGAGCAUAUCAGCAACUUCGUCAACUCCAAAAAAAGGUGAAAACUAAGUAUCCCAAAGUGGAUAUAACAAAGAUCACCUUCGGCGAACAAGAGGAAGGGGUGGAGAAGAACAAUGAAACAGUGGAGGAAAAGGAAGCAGAGGUAGAAGGUGCUAAAGUUGAGGUCCAUCCAAUUCCCUCUGAUGAAGAACAGCUACCUCUUCCAACAAAUCAGGAGCCACCUCAGCCACCUCUUCCAAUAAAUUAGGAGCCACCUUAGCCACCUCCUCCAACAGAAUAAUUA